AAAACUUUGACUCAGACCGCCUCCUAAAAGCAAAUAAGAAUCACCUAUAUAACAUUACAAAAACCCUAGCAAAUCUGAAUCAUCUCAAUUUGGCGGCUAGGGUUUAGUUCCCUUUUCAUGUUCGGACUCUGUAUAUAAGCCUGUUUGUUAAAGCUAUUCCCUUCUGGGUUUUGCCUAUAUUCUUUUAUCUACCACUCAUUACUCGUUCAAGUCCGUCUCAAAUUCUAUCGAUUUCCUUCAGUUUUCUUGGGUUUUAAUCCAAUAUCCAUCUGGGUUUUCGUUUCUUUACUCAUUCUUGAUUCAUUGAUUCAGCACCGAACCAAAAGUUCAUAUUAGUGAAAAGUUUGUGGCUUGGUGUUAAAGAUUGCAUCUUUGUUGAUUGUUUUGUUAGUUUAGUAUCAUAAAUCAAGGGUUUUUGAGGCUUGCUAAUUCUUCUGAAUAAGUUUGAUUUUGCAUUGUAGAAAUAUGAGUUACCCUGAUUCCCAUGAUUCCUUUAUGUCACUACAGGCCUCAUAUCAAGCAGGCAGUGAUGCUAUUGGUGUGUGGCCUCAAUUUGUAAUGAAUAACAAUGAGCAAUUUGAACACCACCAACCACCUUAUAAAAGGCCAAGAAACUCCGAGGAUAACUCCAACCAAUCCAUGAAUUCUAGGACGCCACCAACAAACAACCUUCCAGUCCACAAGGGAACAACCAACAUCUUUUUCAAGACAAGAGUUUGUGCAAAGUUUAAGACUGGCACUUGUAGGAAUGGCGAGAAUUGCAACUUUGCUCAUGGAAUGCAAGAUUUGAGGCAGCCUCCUCCAAAUUGGAAGGAACUAGUGGGUGUAAGUGUAAUUAGUGAAGAGGAUAGGUCAACAGCGACCAAUUGGGAAGAUGAUCAGAGGAUAAUUCACAAGAUGAAGCUGUGCAAGAAGUUUUAUAAUGGGGAAGAGUGUCCUUAUGGUGAUAGGUGUAAUUUCCUUCAUGAGGAUCCAUCAAAGUUCAGGGAGGACACAGGGAGGUUCAGGGAGAGUUCUGCAAUAAGUAUUGGUACUACAGGGCAGGCGUUGGGUCAUGGAAGUGGUGUGUUUAAUGCUGCUGAAGUUAAUAGGCCGGCAAACAAUGCUGUUUCAGAUGCUUCUCGAUCAAAUAUAAUAAAGCCUGUUUAUUGGAAGACAAAAUUGUGUACCAAGUGGGAGAUCACAGGUCAAUGCCCCUUUGGCGAGAAAUGCCACUUUGCUCAUGGGCUAGCAGAGUUACAAGCUCCUGGUGGACGCACUGAGGUGGAAGCAGGAAAUGCAGGCUCUGUUUUGACUAAAGCACCACCACCUCUUCUUCCUAAUAAUGUUUCUCCAAGUGUGACAGUGAAUGUGCCUAGUUUAAUUGAAGAGGAGCAAGGUAAGAAAUGCUUAUUAAAGUGGAAAGGACAGAAGAAAAUAAAUCGGAUUUAUGCUGACUGGCUUGAUGAUCUGCCAUUAGUUCACAACUUGACAAACCAAGUGCAGAGUUGAGUUUGAGUGGAAACUACUAGUUUGCAUUGCAUUCAUGUUUCAGCUACAUCAAUAGUUUUUUUUUUUUUGUUCUGUUUCCGAAGUUGAAUUUUGUACUACAGGAUGUUGAGAUGUCCAAAAGACAUAGGAGAAGAGGCAUAGGAUAGUUUGUUUUCUCUGCCAAAUAGGCUUUUUAAUGGUUCUCAUUUUCACCCCUUGUUUUCCUUCCAUGAUUCUUAGUUUGGAAAAGAAAUAAAUGUUUCCUUCAUAGCAAAUGUGAUUGACAGCAUAUUAUUCUUUUUGAAAUGUAAGUCAGUGCUCAAUGCUUCCUUCAUAGCAAA